AUCCCUGUCGUCUGUCUCAUCUGUCUGUCAUCUCUGUCCAGGUUUUUUGGUGUCUUUUCCUUCGCAUUCAGCCUAAAAUUGUGUAUGUGUGUGUGUAAUUUGUUCUGUGAAAUGGUCAGGAAGUUCAUGAGAGGAAGUGCAAAAGACCCCAAUCAUUGAAUAAAAAAAAUCCUGCAGAAGAGCUGAGGAAUUCCUUGUUGAAAUACAGGGAGUCCCAUAAAUCUUCCAGCUGUAGCCCAGCAGUGAAUCAUCUUGCAAUCUUGAGGAUUCCGUAACACUCAGAAUACGUGAAAGGUGUGAGAUUAUGGCGUCAACGAUGCAACUGGAAUUUUCUCAAGCAAUGUCGGAUUUCAAGACAAUGUUCCCGGAAAUGGAUCGGGAUGUAAUUGAGGCUGUUCUGAGGGUCAAUAAGGGAGCUGUGGAUGCUACAAUUGAUCAACUCCUCGCAAUGAGCACAGAUAAUCAGAAUGAAAAAUUGCGGAAUGAGCUGGAAAAAUCCGGUAGUGAUGAACAGAGAAUCUCCAGGGAAACAUCCCCAAUACCACCAAGUACGACACCAGAGAAGCAGACUAUUUUGCUGAGUACCUCACCGGCAAAUUUAACAAGUACCGGAGCAUCGCCGAAAGUGAAGAAGGCAUCAACAUCCCCCGAGGGUGCAGCUGGUAUGCGCAAGAGGUGGGAUCCACCAAUUCUCAGUCCACUCCCACCGACCUUCCUGCGGAUUGCUAACAUCAAUGAGAAGGGUGAGACGGAUUUCCCCGAUGAACAAUUCGCCCUGAUGCUGCAGAAUGAGGAAUUUAUGAAUGAGCUACGUUGGAAUCAGGAGUUCAUGAUGGCUCUUGAGAAGGAACAGCAGGGCAAGGCAAGGACUGAAGAUGAUGCCGUGUUCAAGGAGCGCCUCAAGCACAUGGGCAAGAAGUCAAGGAAGAAAUUCCUUCAGCUGGCUCGAGUAUUCACGUGGCAGAAGAAUAAGAAACCCGGUGCUGUUCGGCACCCAGACUCCCUCCUCCUCCAGGAGGAGCACAGUGACGACGAUGAACCACGUCGGACGAAGAAAUAGACUCCUCCCCUCCUUGCAAGGAUAUUUGUGUGAUAGAGAAUUGUUUCCAUUAUUUUUAUUAAUUUUCUUCUCGUGUUAUUCUCUCCUUUUGAGCCCCCAAAAUGUUGCCAAUUUUUUGAGCUUACCCAACAAGGGGAUUAUCCUGCGAAAUGUUGUACAGCUCAUACGGAUUUUCUUGGCCAUGUGUUGUAGCCAUAUAUAUUGUUUUUGUCCAAGCACUGAUUAUACAUAACAUACAUAAUAUAUAUUUUAGUUUAACGGAGAAUCUCCCGCAGAAAUUAUACCUUCUGUGAGUCCCAUUAAUCUCAUAUUAAACAUUAAAUUACUAUUUUAUUAAAUCUCUAUAAAAGCGAGUCACGCGAUGGGGAUAGAAGAGAAGAAAAGAAAAACUUCACAGACCUACCCUGGAAAAUCCUGAGGGUGGUCACACAACACACACACAUCAAUAACUUACCGCAGCAUAACGAAUAUAAUUGAGAAAGAAAAAAAAACAUUGAUAAAAAAAAAACAUUUAAUGUGUCCAUAUGGUGAUGUCUUCUGUGCAAUUUAUCGUUCCUUUUUGUAUAGAUAAGCAAAGAAAAAAAAAAACAAACUUACAUCAAAUUUAAAUUUAUUUAAAGAACUGCAAUACAGAAUCUCCACGAUUUUUUUUAAAUUGAAUUCUAGAUGUAGGAUCCCUUUUUUGUUGCAAUAUGAAUAUGAUUAAUAAAAAGUUUAUCAUUUAA